GAUUAGCUGGCAUCCUAUUCCAAAACUGAAUACAUAAACAUGCAUCCAUUCCAAGAGCUUCACUCACAAUACAACCAUAAUGGCUUCCCCUAGUGUUCCGAUCUUGAUAAUUUCCUCGUUGCUCCUUUCAUCCUUGUUUUCAAAUGCUCUAACAUCCCCUAAGGCCUUCAUUUUCCCUAUCAGAAAAGAUGGCACAACCAACCAAUACUACACGACUAUCCAAAUAGGCUCCAACGCCACCACACUGAACGUGGGGAUCGAUCUCGGCGGCAAUUUCCUAUGGUUCAACUCCCUCGACUACUUCUCCGCCGCCGACACCUACCGCCCCAUCCUCUGCGGCACCAAACGGUGCCAGAUUGCUAACUUAAUCGGCUGUGUCUUCUGCUUCUCGGCAGCGGCGCCGGGAUGCUCCAACAACACAUGCGCCGACUGGGCCCUCAACCCCUUCACCGGCACCAAUGGCUACAGCGGCCUAAGCACGGACGUCAUGCUGGCCUUGUCGACACGCGGCACCCAAUAUAAGCUAAAUUUCCCCUUCCAAUACUCGGACCCCAUCUUAAGCCAAGGCCUCGCAACCCCCACGGCGGGCCUCCUCGCCCUAGGCCGAACUAGGCUUUCGCUCCAGUCGCAGCUUUCAUCCGCUUUCAAAAUCCGCAACAAGCUGGCCCUCUGCAUCCCGCCUUCGGGCGGCAACGGGUACAUGAUCGCCGGCCAGGAGGUGUACAGAGAACCUUUCCGACGGAUCUCGGAAUCAAUGUGGACCACGCCCUUGCUCAGAAAUCCAUGGAAAGGCUUUGGCGACGAAGUGAUCGGCAAUCUCUCCAACACGUAUUUCAUCGGCGUCAAGUCCAUCAGAGUUGGCGGAACGUCUCUCGCCUUGAAUAAAACUCUGCUGUCGAUCGACAAGGUGACCGGAGAAGGAGGCACGAGCUUACGAACGGUGAGGGCGUAUACGAGCCUGCACGGAUCGAUCUACGCAGCCCUGGUGGAGGAGUUCGUGAAGGCCGCUGCAGGCAAGGGGAUGAAGAGAGUGGCGUCCGUGGCUCCGUUCGGGGCUUGCUUCGAUUCGAAGACGAUCAAGAGUGGAGGCGACGUGCCGACUGUGGAUCUGAUUCUGCAGAGGAAGAAGGUGUACUGGCGGUUUUAUGGGUGGAACACGAUGGUGAGAGUUGGGAAGGGCGUGAUGUGCCUGGCGUUCGUGGAGGGGGAGCCGAAUACAACAGGGCCUACGACGUCGAUAGUUGUGGCGGGUUAUCAGCUGGAGAAUCAUCUGCUGGAGUUUGAUGUGCCUGCUUCGAAGCUAGGGUUUAGCUCGUCACUGCUGUUGCGUGGUACGAGCUGCAAGGAAUUCGGAGCUGCGGCCUUGGAUCCCUAUAUAGGAUGAACAUGUUGGUGCUACCAAUGUUACUACUAUUUCAUAACUCGUGUAACCCGUCAGACUUUGUGUCCUAAUUUAAAUUACUUUAUAUAAUAAAAUUAUUUGUAUAUAAA